GGCUUGAAUGGGAACAUGGAUAACAACCGACUGAUUCUGCAGUUUUACUUCAGGAGCAACAGAUGUAAGUUUCAAACAAGAAGGAAACAAGCCUCAGAGCUGAGAGGACGCCCGGCGGCGAUGGGGAAACAGAACAGCAAGCUGCGGCCCGAGGUGCUCAACGACCUGCGGGAGAACACGGAGUUCAGCGACCACGAGCUGCAGGAGUGGUACCGCGGCUUCCUCAAGGACUGCCCCACGGGCCACCUGACCGUGGAGGAGUUCAAGAAGAUCUACGCCAACUUCUUCCCGUACGGCGACGCCUCCAAGUUCGCCGAGCACGUCUUCCGCACGUUCGACACCAACGGCGACGCCACCAUCGACUUCCGGGAGUUCAUCAUCGCGCUGAGCGUGACGUCGCGCGGCGGCCUGGAGCAGAAGCUGCGCUGGGCCUUCAGCAUGUACGACCUGGACGGCAACGGCUACAUCAGCCGGGCGGAGAUGCUGGAGAUAGUGCAGGCUAUUUACAAGAUGGUGUCGUCCGUGAUGAAGAUGCCCGAGGAUGAGUCAACACCUGAGAAAAGGACGGAUAAGAUCUUCAGACAGAUGGACAUAGACCACGAUGGAAGACUGUCUUUGGAGGAGUUCAUUAAAGGUGCCAAGAGCGACCCGUCCAUCGUCAGACUGCUGCAGUCGGAUCAAGGAUCCUCUCGCCAGUUCUGAGGACAGAGACAAUGACGCAUGCUCUCACAUGCUGUACACCUGACAGAGGCUGGGUCAUCAUCACACACACAGAACCUUUUGAUUUAACAGUACUCCAUGUCUUAAUGUUUACAUUAACACAUAGUUUGUCAAUGUGGCUUCUCUGGGGACUAUGUGCUCUUUAGCUGAUAUAUUUUGUUUAUGCUUUUCCUAAGAUGGUUAUAAGUGACGUGCCAUAUCGUACAUUCAUUGACAGGAAGUAUUAUGGCUCACAUAACACUACGCUAAGAUGAAACUACUUACAUCGCUUGAUAUAUUUUGAUUGGACUAAAACGUGUUGUGUCCUUGUAAUCAUCGGCGGCUUAAAAAGUUACAUUCCUGACUAAGCUGGUGUUGCAUGCGCACAGCGAUAUGCAUCUGAUAUUGUAACAGUUUACUUUAAUAAAGACGCUGUGAUUGUU